CAUUAUGGGAUGCUCAUGUGGACUCUGCUGUUGUUUACAGGUGCUGAGCAGUUCAGCAGGUACUCUGGAUACGCCAACACCUACCGGUGGGCUGGAAACCAUGACGACCAGACGCCAAGAGAUGAGUGGCUGCGCAGACACACAGAGAUCGUGGCCAUUGAUGCUCUGCAGUACAGGAGUUUCCUCCAGCAGUUCCAGCCCGACUGCCUGAGGAGAGAGCUGAACAAGGCGUUCUGUGGAUUUGUGCGACCCGGGACUCCGGCUGAGUGUAUGUCCGCUGUGGCGACAGGGAACUGGGGCUGUGGUGUUUUUGGAGGAGACACUCGACUCAAAGCUGUGCUGCAGAUGAUGGCGGCAGCAGAAGCGGGUCGUGACCUGAUGUACUUUACCUUUGGAGAUGUGGAUCUGCUCAGAGACGUCCAUCGCAUACACACACUGUUCACACACACUCAGGCCACCGUAGGCUCUGUGUUCAGUCUGCUGCUGGAGUAUUAUGAGUGUGUGUGUAAGAAAACGGGGAGAGGAAAACCUGAGGAAACACUCUACAGCUUCCUGACAGAGCGACUCGACAGAUGAAGAUGAUGAUGAAGAUUGUUAUUGUGAUGAAGAUGAUGAUGAUGGUGAUCUCUGUGCCUCUGUCUUCACUCAGUGCCUCAAUAAAGCUCUUUUAAAUACG